CGUGCCGCGCCGCGCCGCGCGGAGGCGCAGUGGUGCGGCCGCGCGCUCCCCUCGGGCGUUCCUGUGGUUCGGUCCCGCGGCACGGGCGACGAGGGGCGGCCCGGCAAGGCCAGGCCAGGCCGCCAUGCGGUGCCGCAAAUAAUUUUGCUGCGCCCUUCAAGUUUCACAUUGUGUCCAAAGCCCAUUUUUGGUACGGAAGCACAAGGUGCGCUGCCUUCUGCCAUACCUCGCCAUUCAGCUACCGAAGCAUACAGCCACUGGGGGACGGUAACACUUUUUACUGUGGAAACCUUGAGUCCCUGGGAGGAAGGUGGUGCCCCGUGUCCCUGCGUGGACGUUCCUGCUCUGGAGGAUGACCCCAUGACCCGUGCAGAGGAAAAGAGGAGCUCAGCUGUCAGGCACAACAGGAAGGCGUGCGGUGCUGCGGUUUGCCGGGAUGACACCUGCAGCGCUGCCGCAGGCGUGGAAGUGAGCCACGGGCUGAGCGGGUAGUGCUGAGGGAGCUGCGCUGCUGCACGAAUCGCAUGCCAAACCACAGUGCUGUUCUGGCUCCCGUUCUCCCUUUCUGACACCUGUAGUGAGCCUGAAGCGCGCUGCAACACAGACUUCUGCGGCAAGUUCUGGAGUGAAGAGGGCAUGGACCCGCGCUGAAUAAGCUGUUUUAAGCAUCAGGGUUGCAGGACAGGAACACGAGCUGCAAAUGCACCAGGGCUGCCAAACCAGGAGCUGGCUGCACGCCAGCACUUGAAGGAGGACGAGCAGCAGGACGCCUGUGGCAGAACAGGUAUACCUGUCAGAUAUUGUCUGUGAUAUUUACCUGUGAAUCUACGGAAGUGAUUCCUUCCUAAACUCACUUCAGAGAAAUAAUUCAAUAAUAAGACCUUACAGCCUACUGAAGAGAUACAAUGACUGAGUUCCUGGUUUGUUUUAACUGGUGCAAUGGUGAGCAGCCCCAGCCGAAGAGGCGUCAGCGACUGGACCGGAACAUGAUAGGAGAACCAAUGAACUUUGUUCACAAUGCACAUGUGGGGAUAAGAGAGAUGAGUAGUGACUUUUCAUCAGCUGUAUCAAUUCAGGACCACAUGAAGUCUAAAGGUGGCUACACAAAUGGCACUUCUACAGCUGCUGAGCUAUAGGAAAUUGAAAGAAGGCUGACAUCUGCUUUGUCUUACAAAGGUCUCCUGGACUGUGCUUUCAGAUUCUCUAAAACCUCUUUAUCGUGGAGUAUAGAGAGUACUUAAAUUAUAAUAGGUCAGUGCAAGCUUUUGCAUUCUUUGCACAAUAUCUUCUGUAGGAGUUACUGGAAAUUAUCCUUAAAAUGUUCUGUCAUGGCGGUGCUGUAGUAGUAACUGUAGUUUGUCACUGUGGAUGACUUCCUAGCUGUGUCCCUACAACAUCAAAGUUGUCUUUUAGGGUGGGAUAGGAACGCAGUUUGAACUGUCUGGGGUUUUGGUUUGUCUUUCUUUUCCCUUCAAGAAAUGCAGAGAUUGAUUUUAUUUGAAAGAUAAGAUGUUUGCACUUCUUACGUGGGAUAAAUUGAAUUUCUAGGUAGGAUCUCAUAGCCUCCAAUACAACUUUUGACCUAAUUUUUGGAUGGCUUACAACCCGAAGAAUAAUUCUACUGAGCAGUAAUUUGGUGGUCCAAGGCUUUUGAUAGUGAACAAACUCUAGCGUAGUCUGCAAAAACCAGUGAAACUUCUGCCGUGCUGCGAUAAGGUUUUUGUAGCUAAAAAUGCAAGUUUUGCAGACCAACCCACUCAGGAAAACAAGCAUUUCUCUCAGCUGCUCUCCUCUAUACUGUAGCUGAUGGGUGUUAAUGCAACAAUGCUACUAACAGUAUGCUCACAACUGUUGCUAAUUUUGCACAACCGCUAUUGAACUUGAAACAAAACAUACUUUAAGAUCACUCUCUCUACUACCUUUCUAUAGCAGUAACUUCACAGAACUUGAAGGGGUAUCUCCAGUUUCUGGCUUCUUAGUUUCAACACUCUCCUCUUAGGUGAAGUUUUUCUUAUGUGUGUUUUUAAGUGGCAUGAGUUGCUUAAAGUAUGGUUUAAGUGACAGAGACAGGAGAAUAUUAAAUGGAAACUGCCUAUUACAGACUUCCAGCCCUUCAUAAAUAUGGGUAUUUAGACAUACCCAAACUACAGUUCUUCACUUAGUUCUUUUUAAUAUUUCUAUUAAGUGAUAUGCUAAAACUACUGAAAAAAGCUAGAUUUCUCUCUUAUCCAGUCACUGACGACUGCUCUCUGACUUAAAAUUAUGAAUGACUAUUGGUGUAGAGACUUUGGAAAUUUGCUUGCCGUCAUAGGAUUAACUAAUUACAAGUGUUCAAAUUACUGCAAAAUCCGCGCCAGUUGUACUGUAAGUUAGUGGAACUCUUCCCUUCUUGCUCUAGGCAUAAGGUCAGCUAUGAACCUUUUUUUCAUUAAAAAUAGAAUAUUUGCCAUCUAGAUUUUCUUGUGAGGGAGAUUUUCAACUAGUAUGAUUCUGUUUACGGCUUAUGAUACUUGUUAAAUCUGAAUCUGGCUUUGGUGAAGUUCUGUGCUGCAAAGUGUGUCAUACAGUGUAUUAGGGAAGCUGGAACGUAAAAGGAAGUUCUGUGUUUCUGUGUGCUUUCCAAAAAGAAACUUUCCCCCUGCUUCCUUCCCACAUUUCAUCUUUAAGGACUAAAGAGGAAGAGAAUGUUACUUUCCUUAAUAGUCAACAGCUGAUGGUCACAUUCAGCAACCACAUCAAAAAGAAUUUUAAUAUCCAUGUCUUGCUACAUCCUUACUUUUGAACUAGAAUACAUGUGAUAUUUUAAUACCAUUUAAAAUCAGCUUGUUAACCAUAAAUGUAGCUUUUUAAACACUUUGAUAUUUCUGUUUUCUAACCUCAGACUUAUUGCAAUGACCCAGUUAGGAUGCAGAGUUGAAAGAAGCUGAAUUCUAUAUACUGUUGAGAAAGCAGAAAGCGGUCAAGUUAUUUUUAAAAAUAAAUUCGAACUAAUCUCCUAUUAAAUUGAAUUUGUGUAUUCAUUAGUCUGUACUUGCCCAGAAGGAGUAGUGGUAGGACAGCUGUGGUGAAGAAAAUGGGUUGUAUUUUCUUAACGUUGUCAGAAAACAAGCUGGAGAGGAAUUAGUACUUCCUGAAGACCCGCUCUGUAUAUUUUAAGAUGGGAGUGGUGUAUGUGCAACUAGAAGUAAAGAAGUUGGGGAUCAUGUCAGUUCUCAUGGCUAAAAAUAAAUAAACAGGUAAUCUUGUUAUUAAAUUUACUUGUAGGAAAAUCCCGGUCUUCAUUCUGUAAACCAAGCAGCACUGCCUGGUACAAAACUCGUCUUCUUCACACCAUACAGUAUUAACUAGGGCCUUAUACAAGUAAACUCAGUAGUCCUGUUAUUAAAGGAAAUGUUUUGCUAUUGCAUUAAAGGUGCCAUUAUUUUUUAAAUGUAAACAAGCAUAAAAGCAUGUCUCAGGCAUUUUCUUUGUUGUAUAAUUAGAAGCCUUAUUUAGCUGUAGUCUCUCAUGUAACUCAGUAUAAACCAAACUAGGUUAUAAUAAAUCUGUUGAAAGAGGCACUGCA